AUGGUGAGUCCAUGGGGUGUCUGGUGUGAGUUUGUCUGGGUGUUCUGCAUCAUUGUGCCCGUGGUCAUCACCGUGAUGGAGGCCAAAAUGUGGCACAUCCUCCUGGCUGCCUUCCUCCCCAACUGGGCUGACCUGACGUGCGGGCUCACCAGCCUGUGUGCUGUGAUGAUCACCUCAGCCACAGUCAUCUUUGCAGCCGUGUUUGUCUGCCUCUCCUGCUUCGUCAACAUCCUGUGUUUCCUCUUCUCCCUGGUUGCCACCGUUGUCUUCCUGAUUGAUGGUGCAAUGCAAAAAAAGCUGUGUCCGAGCGGCUACCUAUCCAGCCUGAGAGGAGGCCUCCGCACAACAGAGGCCUUUAUAGCGUGUAUUAUUCUCACUGCUGCCGCUGACCACUUUGUAAAUGGCGAAUGGGCCUUUCGCCCUUUUGGGAUGAUAUGCAGCAUCAUUGUGUUUGCUGUUUGCCUCCUGGUCACCGUGGUCAUCAUAGUUCUCCAUCUGCUCAAGCUACUGCAGUGUCUGCUCUCAUUCAAGUUGAGUGUGAUGGAGCUCGUGUUCAACAUUGUGGCAGUGCUGUUGUACCUGCUCGCUGUCAUUCUUUGGUCCAUAUUUGGUUACAAACGCUACAUGCACAAUCCUUACAUCUGUCAGAAGUGUUCCUAUGUAGACAUAAAUACUGUUACCAUUGGAGCCCUUGUCAAUAUUGUCUUUUACAUAGUGGACCUGGUUUUAUCCUUUAAAUCUCGCUAG